AUGUUAUGGUUAGUUAUUUUAUAUUGUAUUAUUUAUGUUGAAUAACUGUUAGUUAGUCAAUACUUAACUCCAGAGGUUUAGGAGAGUUUCUAGCUUACCUUUGUAUAGGACUCUGUAAUUGGUUGAACAGAUUGAAUCAAUGUGUAGACUGUAGAGCAAUCCAUCCAUCAUAUUAAUGUUUCACAUCUACAAAGCACAUGCAAUCCCACUUCAGCUUGGGCCCACCGCCAGUUUAUUUGUCUACCGUAUCCGCGACUUAAUUGACGCUGGCUACAGCCAUUAGAGGGUUUUCGCUAUAAGUUUAAAAAAACCGCGAUAAGAAACUCAGAAGUGCACUAAGUUUUUAGCAAAAUUGAAAAAAAAAAUGGCUCAUUUAGUAGUAGCAAGGCUUCUUGCUAUAUUUUCUUUACUUUCCUUCCUUCAACAGCUUUCUUCUAAUGUAAUUCCUGCUUCCAGUAAUGAAGAAGCCAAUGGUCUCCUGAAAUGGAAAUCCACUUUUUUCCACGCAAACAACACGUUGGAUUCUUCAUGGACGAUUUCAGAAAAUGGUGGCAGCCCAUGCAACUGGUAUAGAGUUCACUGCGUUGCGGGAAGUGUCAACAGGCUGAACCUUACUACUUCCAACAUCAAUGGUACACUCCAAAGCUUUCCAUUUCAUUCACUUCCAAAUCUUGAAUAUUUUGAAAUUAGUUUGAAUGCAUUUUGGGGAAGCAUACCACCUGCGAUUGGCAAUCUUACCAAGCUCGUCUAUCUUGACAUGUCAAUCAAUUAUUUUACUGGCACAAUCCCACCUCAAAUUGGCCUUUUAAUCCGUCUCCAGACCCUCCAUAUGUUUGGAAACAACUUGCAUGGUCCAAUCCCUGAUGAAAUUGGCAACUUGACAUCUCUCAAUGAGCUUGCUUUGCUUGGUAAUUCUCUUAAUGGUUCUAUUCCUGCUUCUAUAGGCAAUUUGAAACACUUGAGUUCUUUGCAACUUUAUAUGAACUCUCUUUCUGGCCACAUCCCACCCGAGCUGGGAAAACUCUCCAAUCUCACUGUGCUUUACAUAGACACAAACCAACUAACCGGCUCAAUUCCCCCCGAGCUAGGAAACCUCUCAAAAUUGCAACAACUAUACAUUUUCUCUAACAAUUUGAGUGGUCAUAUUCCCCGUGAACUAGGAAAGCUAAAGUCACUCUCCUAUCUCAGUUUAUGGUCGAAUAAUCUUAGUGGUCAAAUCCCUGCUUCACUAGGUGGCCUAGAGAAUUUGUUACUUCUUCACCUCUAUGGUAACCAACUUAGUGGUUCAAUACCUGAAGAGUUAGGGAACCUAAAGAGCAUCACUGAUCUGCAACUGAGUCAGAAUAUGUUUAGUGGUUCAAUCCCAACUUCCAUAGGGCGUUUGAGGAACUUAGAAAUCUUGUUUCUUCGUGCCAACAAUCUUUCUGGUUCCAUUCCUCGUGAACUUGGCAAACUGGAAAACUUGACCGUACUGGAAAUGGAUGAAAACCAAUUCUCAGGUCAUUUGCCAGACGGUAUUUGUAAAGGGUUGGCACUUCAAAAUUUCACGGUGAACAACAAUAACCUCUCGGGGCCAAUUCCACCCAGCUUAAGAGACUGCAGAAGCUUAAAGCGUGUCCGGUUUGAUGGCAAUAUGUUCACCGGAAACCUCUCUGAAUCUUUUGGCAUAUACCCUGAUUUGCAGUUUAUGUGGCUCAGUCAAAACAAGUUCCACGGUGAAAUCUCCAAAAACUGGGGAAUCUCCAAAAACUUGACAAACCUGCAAAUGGCUGAAAACAAUCUCACAGGUAGAAUCCCUCCUGAGUUUCGAAAUUUGACUCAACUAGGAAUACUCAAGCUCUCUUCAAAUAACUUGGGUGGGGGGAUCCCUGCAGAACUUGGGAGUCUAUCAUCUCUGCUUUACUUAUACUUGGGGGACAACAAUUUUUCCGGUCAAUUGCCCAUAGAGUUAGCCUCUCUUAAGCAAUUGAAUGUCCUUGAUUUGUCCAACAACCAAUUUAGUGGACCAAUACCCUCAUUCAUAGGAGACUAUCAGCAAAUGUAUGAAUUGGACUUGAGCCACAACAACUUCAGCCAGCAUUUACCAGUUGAGCUAAGUAAGCUAUCACAUCUUACAACGCUGGACCUGAGUAACAAUUCUCUCAGUGGAGAGAUCCCACAUUUGUUUAAUAGUCUUCGUGAUUUGGUGAAUGUUGAUUUAUCCUAUAAUCAGCUGACAGGCCCUAUUCCUGACACCAUGGGUUUCAAGCAAGCCAUUCUGAAGGGAAACACAGGUUUAUGUGGAGAUAAUAAAGACCUUCCAUCUUGCUCAUCAACACCCACAGAGAUGUCCUUUGUGGGGAAAAAGAGUGGCCACAAAACACAGAUUCUCAGCAUUGUAUUGCCUAUAGUGGGAGCCCUGGUACUAGUCUCUGUGUUCGCAGUGGUUCUUUUCACUUGUGGGAAAGGAGAUAGAGGUCCAGAUGAAGAGCAACAAUGCAAUUCGUUUAGAAGAGGCGAUGGUGACAACAAUGAUGAAGACAGUGAUCUCUUCUCCAUAUCCUCAUUCCAUGGAAAGGCAUUGUAUUUGGACAUCUUGAAAGCCACCAAGGAGUUCCAUGAGAUGUUCCGCAUUGGGGAAGGAGGGUUCGGGACUGUAUACAAGGCGAAGAUCCCAUCAGCCGAGACAGUAGCUGUAAAGAGACUUCAUUCAUCAGCUGAGAUCACUGAUAGGAAGGGCUUCUUCAACGAAAUAACAGCUCUGACAACGAUCAGGCACAGAAACAUUGUCAAACUCCAUGGCUUCUGCUCAAAUGUGAAGCAUGCAUUCUUGGUUUACGAGUACCUUGAAAGGGGUUCUUUGUCAAAUAUGCUGAGCAGAGAAGAGGACGCUAAGAAGCUGAACUGGAUGACGAGGGUGAAUAUCGUUAGAGGCAUCGCUCAGGGCUUGUCUUACAUGCACCAUGAUUGCUCACCUCCCAUUGUUCAUCGAGACAUAUCGAGCAGCAACAUUCUCCUUGAUGCUGAUUUUGAAGCUCGCAUCUCGGAUUUUGGCACUGCUAAACUACUCAGGCGAGACUCCUCUAAUGUUAGCGCGCUUGCAGGCACCUGCGGAUAUAUUGCACCAGAAUUUGCUUUCACUAUGAAGGUGACUGAAAAAUGCGAUGUAUAUAGUUUCGGAGUAUUAACAUUAGAAAUCAUUAAGGGAAAACAUCCUGGUGACUACAUCGAUCUUCUCACAUCUCCUUCCCCUGCAACCAUCGAACUCCAGGAGUUGUUGGAUCCACGGCUUCCACAUCCUGAAAAUGAAGCAGUGGAGGAAGCUUUGGUUCUCAUUGCUAAAAUGGCCCGAUCUUGUCUUCUUUCAAAUCCAAAAACGAGGCCGACAAUGCAGAUAAUCGCUGAGAUGUUAGCAAUAGCACCACAAUGAAUCAAAAAUGUGUUUUGUAUGCUGAGCCACUACGUUACCGUGAUUUAUCUUUCUUCCGCAUACUAUGUCGUGUUGCAGUGCGAUUGCCGUUUGGUUCACAAAAUCUUAGAUUAUCUUAGGUAAUAGGAUUACCUCCGGGGAGGUAAUGUGAGAUUAAGGGAAUGUAAGAUUAUACCUUAUGUGUUUGGUUAAAGUUGUAGGAAUGUAAUAUUAACUUGUUUGGUUGGAGGUUAUAUUUUAGGUGAUACUGUAACAAUUACAUAAAUGCCCUUAAAGGUGUAAAAAUACUUUACUUUUAAAAAUGUUUUGGUUAAUUUGUAA